UUAUUAUAAAAAUAAUUUAAGAGCAGUAAACAUCAGAUAAUUAAAGAGAACAUGGCUGUAAUGAGUGAAGUUGCUAGUGCCCGAAGCUAGCUAGAAAUCUAGAAUACACCAUGACAUAUGGCGAAUGGAUGGUAUGGGAUGAUGAUGUGAUGAAUUUCCUCGAAAAAGAGAGAGAUCUCCUCCCAUUAUCGCAAUCCUUUUCUCACUAAUUGGUCGACAUAACACUUGCUCGGCCUUGUUUUUUUUAUUCGAAAGCUACAUACUUCUCUAAUGAACUACUUGUGUUAUAUAGAAAGAGGUUAUUGUCCUAUCGUUCGAGUGUUCUAUCUUUAUGCAAAAUUAUACCAAAAACUUCAUCAUAGAGCUAUAUAUAUUUGUCCAUACUAUCCAUAUUACAAAAAGAUCGGAGUAUCGUUAUUUUGUAUUUUUAGUUAAAUACUCAAAUGUACGAAUAUUUGAAAGGUUUUUGUCUUUAACAUAUACUAACAUGUAUAUAUAUAUGUUGUGAGAACGAACAAUGAUAAUAGUAGUCGGGAGCAAUUAAACUAGAAUUUGAGUUAGUUAUUUUUUUCUAAAAUAGUUAGAAAAAAUGAGUGGAAUCAUAAAUCUAUUAGUGAUGGCUUCAAUGCCAAUAGCAAAGGUGCUAUUACUUGCGGCCAUUGGUUCCUUUCUUGGUUUAGACCGUGUUAAUAUCUUGGGUGAAGAUGCUCGUCACCAUUUGAACCAAGUUGUGUUUUAUGUAUUCAAUCCGGCACUUCUUGCUAGCACCUUGGCAAAGACAAUAACCUUUGAAAGCUUUCUUACAUUGUGGUUUAUGCCAGUGAACAUCUUUAUUACAUACCUUAUUGGCUCAAUACUUGGGUGGGUACUUAUCAAAGUUACAAAAGCUCCAAGGCAUCUCAAGGGCCUUAUUAUAGGAGCAUGUUCAGCGGGUAACUUGGGGAAACUUCCCCUCAUCAUCGUCCCAGCAAUGUGUAGAGAAAAAGGCAGCCCCUUUGGAGAUGUUGAUGUUUGCCAAUCAUAUGGUUUGGCAUACGCUUCACUUUCUAUGGCGCUCGGAAAUUUUUACAUAUGGUCAUACACUUACAACAUCAUCCGAAUAUCUUCAAGGGAGAUUGUAGAUGUAGAUGCAAAUCACUCUGAAGUUGGAGAUGAAACAUAUGGGAAGAACACAGAAUUCUUACUUAAACCUGCUGAUUAUUCUCUAAUGACUCCUAACAACAAGAUUCCAAUGUCAUUAAAGUUUCAGCAAAUGUUAUCCACAUUCUCAGGAAAGAUCAAUCUCAAGCCAUUGUUUUCACCUUCUACUAUUGGUGUGAUAGUUGGAUUUAUGAUUGGUUUAAUUCCUCCACUGCGAAAGUUGCUGAUUGGUAAUGAUGCACCACUCCAUGUCAUUGAAGAUUCAGCCUAUUUGCUUGGGGAUGCAGCAAUCCCAACCAUCACGUUAAUCCUCGGAGCAAACCUGCUUCUAGGUUUGAAGGGAUCCAUAAUUCAGUUUAGAAUUGUAAUUGGCAUAGUAGCCAUACGUUACAUUUUACUUCCCCUACUCGGCAUUCUUAUAAUCAGGGGAGCUAUUCGCGGUGGUAUUUUAAAAUGUGACCCAUUAUUUCAGUUUAUUUUGCUACUUCAAUAUGCAGUCCCGCCUGCAAUGAACAUAAGCACAAUGACUGAGCUAUUUGGAAAUGGUCAAAGUGAAUAUUCGGUGAUAUUGUUGUGGACGUAUGGUCUAGCUGCGGUUGCACUCACUCUUUGGUCCACUAUCUUUUUGUGGCUUGUGGCUUCUUAGUUACUCUUCAUUUUGAACUACUUUCCCGCUCACUAAUCACAUAUAGUACUACAACUCUACGGUUCGCAUGUGAGAGGGGCAGAGGGCACUUAGAAGAUCGAAGUCCCUUACAAGUAGGGGCGAAAUUGAAGAUCCCUCUAACAAGUCCUGAAAGGGAGAGCGUUGACCAUUCGGCCAGCUUUUGGUUCUUUCUUUUACAAGUAAAAUGUAUACUAUCAAAUGCUAUACUUUUAGUGUAAUAUACAGAUGAAUUAUACACGUACAAGAGUACUCUGCAAAUAUAGUGCAAUGAAGUAAAUUUGUAUCUUCAAGUUUUAUAGAGAUGUAUCUAGACUAAAUGCUAGCUACCUAGUUGGUUUUGUCUGUUGUAUUCAAGAUUUAGGAUUAAAUUUCAUUGUAUUAUUUGUUGUUUGUGACUUUACGCACACACAUACUGAACCAAUUCUUUUGUGUGAAAUUAAUACUCCCCAUG